GCGAACUACAAAGCCCACAAGGCCGCACGGCGCCGCCUGCCUCCGCCCGCGCUUCUAGCCGGCUCGCAGGGAGUGCCUUUGGGAGGCCGCGGCGGAGGCGCGAUGGCCGACCGUGGUGGCCCGGCCGAGGGGUCCAGCCCGCGAGGUUCCCCCCGGCAGGAGCCUCAGGCUCCACGCGCAGCCGGGCCGGUUGGCGGAGGCGUUGGAGAGACUCCGCGGACAGCGGCCCUGGCGCUGCGCUUUGACAAACCCAUCAAGCAGGCCUUCUACAAUACUGGGGCCGUGCUGUUCGUGUGCCUGUGCUGCGGCGCCGCGGUGCUCGUGUACUUCAUCCUCGAGGCCUUCCUGCGGCCGCUGCUGUGGGCCGUGCUGUGCGGCACCUUCCUGCACCCCUUCAAGAGCUCGCUGACGCGCCUGGGCCGCCACUGGCUGCAGCGCCUGCACCGCGCGCACACGCCCAUCGUGCUGGCCGCGCUGCUGCUGCCGCUCUGUUUCGCCGACUACAGCGUGGAGGCCCUGGGCGAGCAGGCGCUGCGCCGCCGCCGCCUGCUGCUGCUGCUGGGCGCGGGCGGCCCGCUGCUUUACGGCCUCUACUGCCUCGGCAGCUACCUGGGCGUGCAGGUGCUGCUGGCACACGCGGGCGCGCUCAUCUGCUGCGGGCUGGACUACUUCAGCAGCCUGUGGAUUUGGACGUUGGUAGUUGGCUAUGUGUUGACUGUUUCAUUCAAGUGGAAUACAAGCACUGAACGCUACUUGAGAGCAGUUUCAAUUCCGGUCUGGAUUAUAUUGCUUUUUCAUUUAGCAUCAUUGGCUGGCUCAUGGAGAAUUCCAGUAUUCCUGGUUAUUGUUUUCCUGAUGUCUGUGGGCACCCUCUAUGAAAAACAGAAUGGGAAAGAGUCUGCUGGGGCAGAAUUACCAGGGCAAGUUAUCUCCAUGGCAGCUUCUACUCUAGCAAACUUGGCCAUCUCCAUCACAGGGUAUGAGUCAAGUAGUGAAGACCAGCCCUCCACUCGGCCUCCAGAAUCUGCGGACAAGGGAGGACCCCCUCCAACAUUGUCUUCUUCUUCACCCUCUUCCCCUUCUUCACCCUCUUCCUCUUCACCCACUCUGGGCAGACCAAGGCCUGAAAUUGGAACAUUUCUCAGAAAGAAGAAAACUAGUGACAUUUAUUUUGUGUCUCUCAGCUGGGCCAUCAUUGCUGUCCAGGUCUGGCUGAACUUGUGGAUCGUGCAGUUGCUGCCAGUCCCUGUUGCAGUCUGGAUAAUCAAAAAGCUUGUCAUUCACUUUGGAGUUGUGAACUUCUUGGAUAAACGCUGCCGCGUGUGGUGGCAAGUUAUUGAAUGCUUCCUGAAGGAGCGGCAGGAGGCUUUAGCACCAUGGCCAAUUAUCGGGCUUGGAAAAUUCUUGUUAAAAGUUGAUAGCAAGCUCUGGCACUGGCUAAAUAAGAAGAUGAUCAUCUGGUUGGAGAAGAUGUUAGAUAAAAUAAUUAGCAUUUUCAUCAUAUUCUUGCUAGUAAUAGGAACCCUUCUUUUAGCCCUUCUUCUGACUGCAAAGGUACAUCAAGAGAGUGUACACAUGAUUGAAGUCACAAGUAAUUUGAUUAACGAAACUCUAGCAAAUCACCCUGAGUGGGCAAAUUGGCUUCCUGAGGCUCAGGUAGUCCAAAGAGCCCUGAAUUCUGCAGCUAAUAAUGUGUAUCAAUAUGGACGAGAGUGGAUAACCCACAAGCUUCAUAAAAUUCUAGGAGAUAAGAUGAAUAAUACUGCUGUAAUUGAGAAGCAAGUAUUAGAGCUUUGGGACAGACUCUAUCAUUCUUGGUUUGUAAAGAAUGUAACACAUUCUGGAAGGCACAAAGGACACAAGAUGCAUAUAAGCCGUCAGAACAGCUGGCUGGGAGACAUUUUGGACUGGCAGGACAUUGCGUCCUUUGUUCAUGAGAACAUUGAGACAUUUCUUUCGAUUCUGGAGUCCCUGUGGAUCGUUAUGAGCCGGAAUGUGAGCCUGCUGUUCACCACGGUUACCACACUGCUGACCAUCCUCUUCUAUAGUGGCACUGCCCUUCUCAAUUUUGUGCUCUCCCUGAUAAUUUUCCUGACCACACUAUUUUAUCUGUUAAGUUCCAGUGAUGAAUACUACAAGCCAGUGAAGUGGGUGAUAAGCCUGACACCACUAUCUCAGCCAGGUCCUUCUUCUAAUAUUAUUGGCCAGUCUGUGGAAGAAGCUAUCAGAGGGGUGUUUGAUGCUUCUCUCAAAAUGGCUGGCUUCUAUGGAUUGUAUACCUGGCUGACUCAUACUAUAUUUGGCAUCAAUAUUGUCUUCAUACCUUCAGCUUUAGCAGCAAUACUUGGAGCGGUGCCAUUUCUGGGGACAUACUGGGCAGCGAUACCUGCAGUUCUAGACCUGUGGCUGACACAGGGGUUAGGAUGCAAAGCCAUCUUGCUUUUGGUUUUUCAUCUCUUGCCAACAUACUUUGUAGAUACUGCAAUCUAUUCUGAUAUAUCAGGAGGUGGCCAUCCUUACCUGACAGGCUUGGCAGUGGCUGGUGGAGCAUAUUACCUAGGUCUGGAAGGAGCAAUUAUUGGGCCGAUUCUUCUCUGCAUACUGGUGGUUGCUUCCAAUAUCUACAGUGCCAUGCUAGUGAGUCCCACAAAUUCAGUGCCCACGCCAAACCAGACCCCAUGGCCUCCUCAGACUCAGCGGAUUUUCCGUGAUAUCUCUGAAGAUCUGAAAUCUUCAGUAGACUGAUACGGCUUCACGGCAGUGAUUUCUUGGGAAGUUCCACCCUGAUAGUGAGUUCCUCUCAGCACUGGCCUUCUGUACUGUCAGCUGGGCCUAGCAGACAGCGCCCAGGAAAGAAGCAGAAGACUCCUGGCCUUACAUGCAGAACACCUGAACAAGAAAGAACUUGCUGUGGACUGCUUUUCAUUUUCAAACACAGCUUUAGAGUUCAGAAAUGUGGUUUGCUCACUUGACAACCUAAGAUGGCUUAAAACGUUUUAGUUUAUACACUGGUACCAUGGCUUGACAUUUUCCCAUUUUGAUUAUCUCUAUUAUUAUAAUAAUGUAUUUGUAAAGUUAAGAACUCUAAACUACCUGCUGUUAAAAGUAUAUUCAAUGUAGGACUGGAGGUGUGGCUCAAAGCGCCUGCUUUGUAAGUGGGAAGCCCUGAGUUCAUACCCCAGUCCCACCCUCCACACUGCCCCCCCCCCAAAGAAAAGCAUAUUCAAUGCAGUUUUCUCUUGCUUUAAGAAAUCUGCUCUUAAACUUUUCUAUGACAGUCACUUUUCAAUGAAGAAGGUUUUCACCUUUAUCUAUGUAAGGUGUUUGAGCAGGAGAAAUGAGACUGUGACCCCUCUUAAAUAAUGUAUCAUUCCCUCUUUGAGAAAGAAAAAAAUCUUAGGUGAAAUGAUGGGACAGCUUAGUUUAUGUUGAGCUGUAUGUUGCCACCAGAGGAGACACAGAAAGACUGAAGCCGUUCUUCCCCUUCUUUCUCCCUUUAUCUCUCAUUAUAGUAUUGCCAAAAUUCUAAAACUUGGCUGACCAGGUUGAGUUAAAAUACUUUAUAAGCUGCUGUGAAUGGUAAUGAUAUGAUAGAAUUUAUGCUAUCAUUAAGAUUUCUCUUUUAAAUGUUUUGAGUAAAAAAAUCUCAGGUGUAGCAGUACUCUGAUUUGUUAAGUGUAUUCCUAUUUCAUUAUUUGGAAUUCUCAUUAGUUACUAGUUAUUAGCUAAGUAGUUGUAGACUUUUAUGUUUUCUGUCUGUUAGCACAGUGCCUUGCACAUGCUACUCUAGAUGAAUGCUUGCUGAAUUGUAUCUUUUUAACUAUCUCAGAUAUCACAAUAACCAGCAUUUUAUACGGUGAGUCCCUCUGCACAUAUUAUUUCACAUCAGGUUUCAUACAGCUUUUUUAUAAUUUUACAGUAGUUUCACACUAAUGGGGAGCUAAGGUUCAGAAAAGUGACCAGUGCAAAGGCAUAAAAUUUAGUAAGAUUUGGUCACAAAGGUCUUUCUGAGAUCAUACUCUACAAACUGUGCUAUACCAUGGAACAUUUUUCCUAAUGUCUUAGGCAGUUUUCCCAGUACUAUGAACUAGAGUAGGUGUUGCUGUCCAUUUGUUAUGAAUGAAGACUUGUCCUACAGUUAAUGAAAUGGUUGGAACUAAAAUUCACCUCCUAGCAUUGUACCCUUUCCACCAUUUAAAACAAUCAUCAUGCCCUUCCUGUACUCCCAAGGGAAUGUGGAACAGAAGGAAUUUGUGUCAAAGAUUUGCUUUUUGGAAAACAUUUAAGAGUAGAAAUAUUUUUUACUGAAGCAUCUCACUAAGAAGUUAAUGUUAAUUAAAUUUAUUCUUACUUAAGAUAAAUCCCAUGCAGAAAAGGCUACCAGAUGUCUCUUGACUGUAGCUUCACAAUUUGCUGCAUAUGGGUCUCUUACUUGUCCUGUGAGUCCUACAGUGUUUAGAAUCUGCCAUUCCAUCAAGUGUGAGAUCUGACCACUGCCUAGCUUACUCUCAGUCAGUUAUUCAGUGAUUCCUUUGCUCAUUAACACAUCUCUUGAGUGUUUUCCAAGCUCUAGUCAUCACGCCAAGGACUGUACUGUAGGAGAUAACUCAUGAGACGCCUUCUCCCACUUUAAUCUCAAAUUACAAAUUUUUGAUCACAUAUAAUAUUACACAUUUUUGCAUUAAAAGGUAAAGAAAUCAACUUUGUUUUUGUUAACCCUAUGCUGGUAAGUUCGUAAGUGUAACUAGCAAAUAUUCAUAAGAGGCAGGUAUUAUACACAGUGAAUUAGCAUGCAUAUACAAAUUAAAGUGUUUUUAGCUGUGUAAAGUGAUAUUGCAAAAGGCUAAAUUUGAGCCUAUGUUAUACUGCUUUUGGUAUAAUUACUAGCAUGAAUACCAGGUUUUUAGAGGGGAACUCUGAGCUCUAAGAGACUAGGUUAGAGCUGCCUAAAUUAGCAACAGUGAUAUAAUACUGGCCUGAAAUAUUAGGAACAGAGGUGCUCCAGAGUGCUACACAUUUCUGAUCAGGAAACUUGAACUGCUUCAUUGCUACAGUGACAGUUUAAACACUAGGAAGGUCUUAGAGCUGGGGAGUUCAGAAUAGAGAGAAGUGCCCUAGUAUGUGGCCUCAGGUGCAGAGGAGGUUUUACAGAAUUUUCACAGGGUAUAGAUUGAGAUCAGGUGGUGUGAAAAAGUAGGCGUCUAACACUCAUUUCUCAAAGAUAAUCUGAGACUCCAUCAGAAAGAGAAGUUUCCCUAGGAACAGACAAUGCAUCCAUGAAGUAGAAGUAGCUUUAGUAAAAACAGAGUACUGAAAUCUGUCACAUUAUCUUGGCUGUUAUUGAUUCAUUAAAGAUUAGUGUCAAGUUCACAUUCCCUUUUCAGAUAUAUACAGAAUGGUUGCAGGAGGAGGUAAAAGCUCUGCUGAUGUCCUCUUCUUUCCAAGAGAGAACAAGGCAUAGCUUUUCAGCAUAAAUUCCAUAUCAUGUAAGUCCUGCUUUAAUUCUGUUCCUGGAAGUGACCUCUGCUAGACUGAUUGCCUUAGAUACCAGUCUUAGAUUUUGUUAAAAUUGCAAAGUUUCCUAACCCUUUCUUCCACACAGAUGGUUAGCUGGCAGUUUUUCCUUGGCUUCUGAGAUGAAUGUGUGUCGGCUUUUGACUGUGGAAAGAUGCCCAAGAUGGGUUAUAUGGAGAUCCUCAAUUUAAACAAACUCUGUAUAGUCUUUGGAAUUGGCAGCUGCUUAUUCCAGUUAAAGGGUCUUCUGGCUAAGCUUGCCCUUAACAUGAAUGCAUUGUGACCUAUCAGGACUUUCUAGUACUGUAGGUCCCACUUUGGUUAUAUUAGUGUUUAAGGAAUGUGUCAUUGCUAAGCAAGAAAUACUCAGAAAUCCAAACCAUGAGGGAUUAGAUAAGAACAGAUAAAUUUAGGUGAGCUGUCCAGAACUUUCAACCUGAGAGUUUAUAAGAAAAAAUCCUGAGGACUUCCCAUCCUCCAGGACCCAACCUUGCAGUCUCCUCUGAGGGUCUACCAAGACCCUUCCAAGAGCAUUACAGUAAGAUUUUGAGUGCCCUUUUACGGUGGAAAUAGGUUCUGACAACACACCCCUAAAUGCUGGUUCUAGCUAAGAACAAAUACUUUUUAUUUUUAUCCAUUUCUUAUCUUUAAGCAUUUUGCCAUGAAAACAUUUUCAUUUCAUUAACUUAUUUUGAUAACCUGCAAAAAAAUAUACACAUAUCUGAAGGCACUGAGCAGUUUUUGGAGUUUAAAAUAAUCAAGAAUGUUCUUUCUAUCUACUAGAGUCAUAGAAGUUCUGCUCUACAAUGGGCCAUAUAUGAUUAGAUAACUAUCAUUUUCUAGAGAAGGAAACAAAGUAGCUUAUCUAAUACACACACACACACACACACACACACACACACACGCAGCCAGUGUGUAACAGAAGUCAAAGUGGAAUACAGUUCCUUUCUCUCUUGGCCCAUGUUCUACUGCUUUUCCAUUUUCCUUAUAGUUGAACAGCUUUUGGCAAAAUAUGUUUCUUAUAGCGGUAGUUCCAAGUGGUAUUAAUAGAUGUUGUAAGAGGGGAAAAAAAAGUGUGUGUGUAUGUCUGUGAGUGUGGUAGGGAGGCCAUGGUCAAUUAAAAUUGAGGAAUGCUGAGUUUAUUUCCUUUACUUGUACUUAGAGUUUUUAACAUGCUAUGAUAACAUUGUGAAUUUAUAAGAUGGGGCAAAAACUACUGGACCUUAGAUUGUAUCCCACCUGGCCUUUUCUCAGAGCAUCUCAAAGGACUGUGGGUCCUUUGGGAAACAGCUCUUGAUCAAGCUUACGAGUCUUUUAAAAGACUAUCCCCAGUGAAAAUACAGUGACUCUAUUACUGUAAUACCAUGUGAUCUUUGAUAAUCCCAACAGUUUAGUGAGAUACUAAACAGAAAGUGUAUUUGCUAUUCAGAAUUAUACUUAAUAGAGGUUCUUUUCCACCUAUGGUGUGUAAAAUCAGUAUUUGUGUUUAAUUUUGCAAGGAUUAAUUAUUGCACAAAAUACAGUAGUAAUAUAUUGAUAUCAAUUACAUUUUCAUAAUGCUUUUAUUUAGCACUUUAUAGUUUUCAGACACUUUGGGAAUAGCCCUGUGAGUUAAGCAGUAUUAUAGUCAUUGCACAGAUGAGGCACUGGAUGCUCUGAAAGUAUUUUUUAUUUUGUUCUUUUUUCAUUUUCUUUUUGUAACUUUUUUUUCCCCCUAAGUUUGUACCACAAAAGGAUGAAGUCAAAAUUCAGUUGAAUUUCUGACUCUAAGUCUAGAAUUCUUUAUGCCUGGACUUGUAGAUUUAUUAUUUUACAACAAAAGGUAUGGAGGUAAAUCUUAAACUAACAUUGUAUUUGACUUAUUGUGAAUACCAAUUCUUUUGUAUUUUGUGACCCAGAAUCAUAACUCUUAUCGUAACUAUACCAGAGAAGAGCCUUCUCUGCCCUCACAGUGAAAUGUGUUUGGGUGACUGGAGUGUAUUUCAAAUAACAUUUGAUUGCGAAAGUAAGUAGUCAAAGUUGUAAUUACAGAACUCUGAAAAUGUAUCAGCUUUGCAUCCUCAGGCAGAGGAAAGAUGGCUCCAGAAUAAAAAAGAAUAUUCAAAUACAACAAUAAAUAUUCUUUAUUCUUACACAAAUGCUUUUUCUUAGCUUUAACUUGCUUUGACAACCUACUACUGUAAUAACUUCUUUGUAAAAUAUUUAUAUUUUGAAAUAAAAUUACCAGUGUUGAAUGAAUCAGGUGGUAAACUUAGCCUCUUGUCUCUUGAUUUGUGUGUGUGUGUUGUUUCUUGUGUAGCAGGGAUUACUGAUAUGAGCCACUGUGCCCUCCCAAGAAAUUUGAUCUACCAUCAGUCCUUCAGGACUUUAUAUCCUGCUUUUCCUUUGGCACCAGUGCCUACACUGAAUUUUUAUGAAAUAUGGUCAUCUUACAUGAGAUUCGGGAAGUUGUGUCUGAGGAGAGGUUGCUGGAGACUUUAAAGAGACCAAAGGGUCUAUGUCUGAGGCUGAUGCCCUCCGUGCCUUGGGGUAGAUAGGAAGUGUGCAAAG